CAAUGUAAUUGCCCACAGAAAUACAGCAAAGCAGGCAAAGCCGUUUCUGUCAAGCGUAAAGAACAUUCUAGGGCGGCGUUAGGGCGGCUGAGCCAUGAGCGGCGACCGUAAGCGAAAAUUAGAGUUAACAGAGGAAGACUCAGGACGCAAGAGGCCUGGGCCACCUGGUGACGUUCCAGCCGUCAACCCCUUCACAGGGCGCCCUUACAGCCAGCGGUAUUAUGAUAUCCUGGCAAAGCGGCACGGCCUGCCUGUUUGGCAGGCCAAAGAUGAGUUUGUCGAUAUGAUUAAUAAUCACCAAACGACGGUUCUCGUGGGCGAGACGGGCAGCGGCAAGACUACUCAGAUUCCGCAGUUCAUUGCUGAGGCUGGCUAUACCGCAAACCGCAAGAUGGUGGCAUGCACCCAGCCAAGAAGGGUGGCCGCGAUGUCCGUUGCUCGUCGUGUAGCUGAAGAAAUGGAUGUUGUCCUCGGCGAGGAGGUCGGGUACUCCAUCCGUUUCGAGGAGUGCUCCGGGCCGAAGACGUGCGUGAAGUUCCUUACCGACGGUAUGCUCUUGCGAGAGGCUAUGACGGAUCCGUUGCUGGAGCGCUACUCGGUCAUCAUCCUGGAUGAGGCACACGAGCGCACGCUGGCGACGGACGUGUUGUUCGGCCUGCUUAAAGAGAUUCUUAAGCAGCGAAAGGACCUGAAGCUAGUGGUUAUGAGUGCUACCCUCGAAGCUGAGAAGUUCCAAGGCUACUUCCUGGACGCACCCCUCAUGAAGGUGCCAGGUCGCCUACAUCCCGUGGAGAUUUUCUACACGCAGGAGCCUGAGCGCGAUUACCUGGAGGCCGCCAUCCGCACGGUGGUUCAGAUUCACGUGUGUGAGCCUCCGGGCGAUGUGCUGCUCUUCCUGACGGGUGAAGAGGAGAUCGAGGACGCGUGCAGGAAGGUUACCAAGGAGCUGACCGGAAUGGGCGAUAAGGUCGGACCCGUGAAGGUGCUGCCGCUGUACUCGACGCUGCCCCCGCAGCAGCAACAACGUAUCUUCGAGCCGGCACCGCCACCCGCGCGCGAGGGAGGUCCGGCUGGGCGCAAGAUAGUCAUCUCAACCAACAUCGCCGAGACGUCUCUAACCAUUGACGGUAUUGUUUAUGUGAUUGAUCCGGGUUUCGCCAAGCAAAAGGUCUACAACCCCCGCAUUCGCGUCGAGUCGCUGCUCGUGUCGCCUAUCUCGCGGGCUUCGGCCCACCAGCGAGCAGGUCGUGCCGGCCGAACGCAACCGGGCAAGUGCUUCCGGCUCUACACGGAGGCCUCCUUCAAGAAGGACCUACAGGAGCAGACGUACCCGGAGAUUCUGCGUUCCAACCUAGGCAGCGUUGUAUUGCAACUCAAGAAGCUGGGCAUCGACGAUCUGGUGCACUUCGACUUCAUGGACCCGCCCGCACCCGAGACUCUCAUGCGCGCACUGGAGCUCCUCAACUACCUGGGCGCCAUGGACGACGACGGCAACCUGACGCCCAUCGGCAGCAUCAUGUCGGAGUUUCCGCUCGACCCCCAGCUGGCCAAGAUGCUUGUCGCAUCGCCCGAGUUCAGGUGUUCAAAUGAAAUUUUGUCGAUCGCGGCCAUGCUUUCGUCACCAAACGUGUUCCUGCGACCGCGCGAAGCGGCCAAGGCUGCUGAUGAGGCCAAGGCGCGUUUCACCCACGUUGACGGUGACCACCUCACCAUGCUCAAUGUUUACCACGCCUGGAAGAGCCACAACGAGGACCCGAACUGGUGCUAUGAACAUUUUCUCAACUACCGCUCGUUGAAGUCUGCGGACAGCGUUCGCACCCAGUUGGUGCGUAUUUGCACACGCAUGAACCUGCGGUUGUUGAGCACUCCCUACGAGGACAAGAACUACUACCUCAACAUACGGAAGGCUGUUACCGCUGGCUACUUUAUGCAGGUGGCGCACCUGGCCCGCCAGGGCCAGUAUCUGACGGUGAAGGACAACCAGGUGGUACACCUGCAUCCUUCCACAUGCCUUGACCACAAACCCGAAUGGGUUUUGUACCAGGAGUUCGUGUUGACGACCAAGAAUUACAUCCGUACGUGCCUCGACAUUAAGGGGGAGUGGCUGGUGGACAUCGCCCCUCACUAUUUCGACCUGGAGAACUUCCCUAAGGGGGAUUGCCAGCGCGCGUUGGAUCGGUUGUAUGCCAAGAAGGAAAAAGACAAGUCCGAACGCUUUUAACGCGCCCGUUAAGUAUGCUAAAAAGGAUGGCUGAGCGGAGAGAAGGAUGCGAAAGGAGAAAUGAUGCGUGGGCUUUAAGCAUGGGGCACGUUGCUGGGCAGCGGGUAGUGGACAACCUUGGCAUCGCAUGCUGUUGUUUACAAAUUGCAUGCUCGUAGAGCAUACGUCAUGGCCAUGCGUAUUUGGUGGGGCGUGUUUGCAUGAGUAUAGAGCAGGCAGGUAAGUACUGGCAGGGAAGCGGUGUGUGAGUGACGCGGCUGGAUGGUGCCCGGCGAGGGGACUGCUCUGCUGGGUUGCGCGAGGUGGUUUAUCAUUUUCUGCAGCGCGUUUACAUGAACGCGAGUGAUGUCGGGCGAGCGCCAAGUGCUAGCGGGACCAUUGGAUAUUGCUUGUGUAUUGUUCUUUAGGUACUUGGUAACAAGGUAUGCUUUACACUUGCCUUAACACCUCUGGGUUAAGAAUCACAUCUACAGUAUUGUGGACGUUGGUCCGUAUACAUGACUGCCGCCUCGGCAGUUUCCCCAAACAAACAAUGUCCAUCUGGUGGCACUGACUUAAAGUUUUGACACGUACUUAGUCGACGUGGCAACCUUGCAUUGAACGCACUCUCUGGACGUUCAUAAAUGUACGACAUGAGCAAACAAUGGUCAUGAACAAAUGCAAGCCUGUUUUGCCGCGAUAAAUUCACUGUAAAUUCACGUACAUGUUCACAGGUACCAGCUUAACCUUGCUAUAUCACGCAGCCUGCAGUACAUUAUACAUCCUGCUGCCUUUUUCAACCUUCACAAGUCGGGUACAUGUACAACUCCCAGCCGGAAAAGCCUUAUAGCUCCACUUUCUCCUUGUGUGCGUCCGGCUUUUCGAUCAGAUGCGGGAUAUAAUCAUGGGGGAUUUUACCCACAAAUGCAGAAGCUGCCUCUGGGUGGCCCGCCUUGUGCAUCUCCCGCCAUUCUAAAUAGCGCUUGACUUCAGGGUGCGCCUUCAGUCCCUCCUUAUGCUUUUGCUUAUGAAGAAUGUGCCGAGGAUCAUGGUCCUUCAUAACCUCGUUUAUCUGUUCUUCGCUUAGUCCAGCAGUCUUAAGUCCACGCCUCCUGCUAUAGAUGGAGGCCUCUGUUUGAAGCAAAAGAGCAAGUAAAAACAGAGCAGCCAGUAAGGCACGGGGCGCUGACUUGCAUGUGGCCAUUCUACGCGUAUCUAUUGCUUGUUACCGGAACUUUCAAAUUAAUUUGUUUUAAAAGGUAGAGCGUUUUACAAGAACUG